AUGAAGCCGUCGCUGAUCCUCAGCGCUUGGCUCAUAAAGGGAGUGCUGGGAAUCGUAGAGUUCUUUACGCCCGAAGAACUGAGGUACACAUUUGGAGUCACGAAACACGAAAACGUUCCUCAACACUCUGAGGUAUUCCCAAGAUUUACGUAUCGUCCUAACGGGAUGUUAGAUAGUAUGUACCUCGAGAUGGAUGAUAGGAACUAUACGUUCAAACUAGAGUCAGUUCUAGAGCAAUUAUUAGGAGAUCAAUUCACCGUUAUACACCGGAACGAGAAGCGAGGUGGUCGAUUACUAUUGAAUCCCAAACCAAGUAGCUGCCACUACAGGUUCCUCAUGAACGGUACACAUGGUGCAAUUAGUAAUUGUGACGGGCGAAUAAGAGGCACGAUCAUUGACAACACGGGCGUAUAUGUGAUCCAUCCUUUUCCUGACAGACACGCCCACCGAGCUAAAAGAGGCACUGAGAAUGAAAAUGGGGUUCACGUCGUUUUCAAACGGGAUGCUGUGGCGCCAGUCACCGAUUUUUGUGGUCUGGACAAUGUCGUGACGGAAGAGCAGCUCACUGAGGAUGAUUCAGCCAUUUUCGAAGAUGUUUUUGUAACUGGGCAACGGCUACAGCAAAUGAGUGAUUUGGUGGUAGAGCUGGCCGUCUUCGUCGACGAAUCGCUCUGGAGGCAUUUCAGUAGCAAAUACGGAAACCAGGCACAUACAAAGUUGCAAGAUUACAUGCUGACCCUGUUGAACAACAUCCAAAUCAUGUACUAUCAGCCGUCGGCAUCGCCGCCAUUGACAUUUCGUGUAAUUCGCUAUGAAGUUCUGACGAGUCAACCGAGCUCCAUAGCCGGCAGCACCCACAACCACGGCAACGCGCAAAUGUAUCUGGACCGCUUCUGCCGCUACCAGCGCAACCUGGGCAUCCGGGACUGGGAUCACGCCAUCAUGCUCACGGGCUAUGACAUCCAUCGUGGAGCCGGAUCGCGAUCCAUUUCUGGAAUCGCACGACUCGAUGGGAUGUGCGACCCGUGGAACACCUGCACGCUGGCCGAAGGUCUCGACUUCACUUCGGCAUUCAUUGGCACGCAUGAAUUGGGUCAUAGUGUUGGAAUGCGACACGACGAACCGUACUGUCCAUCGAAGCACAUAAUGAGCUCAUCGCUGGGACCAGGAAAAGUGACAUGGUCGACAUGUUCGUUGCGAGACUACCACCAGUUCCUGCAGCGACUAGAUGCCCGUGGCAAAAACUGUCUCCGUGUGUCAAACAUGCCAACCAAAUUGACGAUUCCAACAAAUACGAAACCUGGUCAGAUAUACGAUGCUAAUUUGCAGUGUGAGCUGAUGCAUGGGCCUGGUUACCAGCAGGUGACGCCACGCCAAGACGCAUUCGAUGGAAUUUGUUACAUGAUGUGGUGUGGUCAAUCUUCGUUCGGCAGGAUCAUAACCUCGCAUCCGGCUCUGGAAGGCACUUUCUGUGGACCAAAUAAAUGGUGCCAACUUGGAAAAUGUGUACCAUGGAACGGAAACCAACACUCCGCAACGAGUUCUCCAACAGCAAACAUGAAGACUAUAUCGCCAAUUCAUACUAGUCCACCUUGGGCUGUACCUAAGAAAGUUGAUGGAGGAUUUUCGGCGUGGUCAACGCCGAACUGCAACCAGUGCACUUGUAAUCCGAUUAUCGACGGAGUUGGCUUGGCGAUUUCGCGCAGAACAUGCUCGAAUCCAUAUCCGGCCAACGGCGGCGACGAUUGUUCGGGAUCGACGAUACGUGCAAUCAUUUGCAACAAGUCGUGUCCGAAACAGCUGCAGACCGUCGACGAGUACAUCACGGAGAAGUGUACGGAGCACAAAAAACUCAAGAACGACCAAGACCUUACCGGUUCCGGCAGUCAGCUGAACCGUUUCCCGCAAAGGGCCUGCAAGGUAUUCUGCGAUGUUGCGAAUCGCCUUGGAGGGCAACGAAACUAUCGAUUCUUUGGCGAUAACUUGCCCGAUGGUACAUCUUGUGGUUACGACCGUUACUGUCUUGAUGGCGAAUGUCUGCCGCUCUCGUGCUCGAGCAACGCCUUAAUCGGUCGUGACUUAUCCUGCCCAACCGAGACUUGCCCGAGCGACAACGUACCUCUUUGGAAGGGCGAGUGGGGACAGUGGAGCUUGUGGACGACAUGUACGGUCACCUGCGGUGGUGGCUAUAGAAAAAGAUCGCGCAACUGCUCAGUGAAAGGCAGAUGCGAUGGACCAGAAACGGAGACCGAACAGUGUUCAACCAACUCCUGCCCACAAAUCAAUGCCGUCGGUGGCUCACACUGGACGACGUGGACCGAAUGGAAUCACUGCUCGGUCACAUGCGGACGUGGAUCACAGGCUCGCUAUCGAAAAUGCGUCAACGCUCAGCAUCUAAUCGCUUUUGAUUGUCCUGGUGAGGAGAGUAGUGAUGAUGACGAAAGCGUGCGUCGAUCGCUUCACAAAGACACAAACAUCGAAGUACGUUCGUGUGACGCUGGCGCCUGUAAUGGCGUUGGUGCAUGGGCGUCUUGGACGGAAUGGAGCACAUGCUCCACAUCUUGUGGUCCCGGAACCAUGGUGCGAACGCGAGGGUGCCAUAGAGAGCCUUGUGAUGGCUCAGCGCAUGAGAGGAGGUCAUGCAACCAUGGAGUGUGUUCUUCACCUCCGGGGCAAUGGGCUCCUUGGAAUGAGUGGUCGGAUUGUAGCAGACUCUGUGGUCGUGGUAUCCGAUCGAGAAGCAGGAGCUGCAAUGGCGGUGGAUGCUACGGAAGCGGAAGCGACCAAUCGUUCUGCAACGAGCAGGCCUGUGAGGCGAACGUCGGCGAGUGGGCCGUGUGGUCGUCGUGGAGCCAGUGCUCCGCCACCUGCGGGGCCGGUGUGAAGCGGCGCACGCGCUACUGCAGGACGGGCAGCUGUCCGGGCAACUACAAGGAGUCCGCCAUCUGCAACGACCGCGAGUGCGAGAGUCGCAAUGCUGCUUGGGGAGGCUGGGGUUACUGGUCCACGUGCAGCGAGACGUGCGGCGAAGGCAUCCGGAAGCGCGUGCGGAAGUGCUACGGAAGCGGUCAGUGCGGCGGCAACGAGUACGAGAAACAGUCGUGCUACCAGCGCGCAUGCGAACGGGCGUAGAGAGUGGCCAGUCGAGCGAUCCCCGACGCGAAUGCCUCAAACGAAUACUGCCUUGAUUUUAGCUGACUUUCCUCCAUUUGUCAUAGGUUGUGUGUCUAUGUGUCAUACUUUCCACUUGUUGAUGGG